AUGACCGACACUCAGCCACCAAUAAUAGCCAACGGUCAUCCACCUUUGCUGACUAACGGUCAAAGUAUCCAGAAGGGUUCUACAGCAGAGAUUUUAGACACUGAGCCAAAUCCAAAGUCCCCCAAGGUAGGAAAAGAUCUGAAUGGAACACAAGCCCAAGUACCAUCACCUGCGUCUACUUCCGAGAUUAAAGAAACCCAAGGAAAUCCAAGUGCACUGUUCCCGCUGAAAUCACCGAAGGAGAGCGUCCAGGUAUCUGUCCCCGUGUCGUCGUUGUCUGAUGAAGAACAAGGGACUUUAACGUCAACCUCUGCAGCGUCUUUACGCGUCCGCUCCAUCUCGGCCCCUGGGAAACACCCACGUGACCUGCACGUGCAGACCACACACAGCGAGCAGGUCCCUACGUCAAACCAAGACGUCAGAUCAGUGGAAGAUAAUACUGCCGCCAAUGACGAGAACCUUUCAGCCUCUUCUGUUUCUCACAGCACGCCACAUCUUGAAGAGCAACCGAAAGAUUUUUCUCGUCUGAUCACCUCGCGUUUGGUAGCCGGUUCAGGACAAACGAACGCGCAAAGCUCUGGGGUUGUGCCCGCUACUUCAGAGAUCUGUGCUGGCAUAGUCCACCAAUACGACAAAGAUAAUCUAGAAACAAACACGGCUGCCAGCACUUCAGAAAAACCCCUCGACGCUGCCAUCUCGUCAGCAAGCCAGGAACACGAGGAUGAACAUGAAGACAGGAGUAAGAUGUCGACGCCAGAGAUUCUUGAGAUGCCCACAGAAAACGCUGAAGUGCCUGAAAAGGGAGAAGUUACGGCAGUACACGAGAGUCAAAUACACCGAACCAUGAGUGACCAGAAUAGCCGAGGCUCAACACCCGAACUGAUUGAAAUGCCAGCUGAGGAAAUUAGCGAAUCUAAAAUGCAGGAAGAAAUAACCGUUAGUGAAAAGAGUCAAAAACACCAGCAAGUGACCUCAGCUAAGGAAGAGGAGAGUAGAACAUCCUCGCCAGAGAUUAUUGAAACACCGUCAGAUAUAAGUAACGGGAUUAUUGAAGGAAGUCAACCAGAUCAAAGCACGACUUCUAUUGUGGACGACGCCAAUACCUCCUCCUUGCUGUGUCAGUAUGUAGACCUCCCAAGUUCAUACCCGGAUUCAUUGCCAGAACAGGGUAAAGCGUCACCAGAUGUCAGUCGUGAGCAAGACAGCACGGCGAGUGCCAGUAUUGUGAUUUUGGAAGGUGAUGAAACAUUUGAGGAAUACAGCCGGGCUACGACACCGGAUAUCAUCUCACCAAUGGCUCCUAUAAGGGAGAUAGAUCUAGAAGAGUACGACUCCGUGGAGGUUCCCAAGACAACCCCUACAGCUGUUAUCACCGUGAAUGAAGACGAGAAGGCUCAGCUCUGUGGAAAGGCCUUUGAAAGUCCCAGACCUGAAGAUGAUCAUGUAAAUAAACAAGAAGACGAGGGUGAAGGGGAAGGCGACAAAGCCAAACUUGUGGUGGACAGCCCCGGUAGUCCAGUUCUCUCUGACGACAUCUUGAUAGAGCUGGAAAAAGCUAAGAAUCAGAUGGCUGGGGAGCCCGUUGUGCCUUCCAUGGAAGCAGAUUCUCCAUCUCCCGGAAAGAACCGCUACAAAGCCUCGGAGAAGACAGGCCUCCUGCAAUCUCCUCUCUCCGAACAUACCGCCCCGGGCAUUUGCUUGUGCUGCACUCUGCUGUGA